CAACACCACAUUCCGCUUGUUCUGAACACACUCACCUCCUUCAGCACCUCCCUCAGCACCACUCCUGCGCGCGAGCGGAUUCACCACUUUUCUAACCUCAUUUGUUUGUGCUCGCUUGUUUAUUAUUAUUAUUAUUAUUAUUAUUAUUUAUUCCCCCGGAUAGUCACUCGGAUAUUUCUGGACUUCAUGAGACAGCUCGGACGCGCCUGAGGAACGGAGCCGGUUAUGGACCAGAAUCUUUUUGGAGGAGCUCCUCGGUUCCUGACCCGGCCCAAAGCGUUCUCCCUCAGUGUGGGUCGGGAUGCUACUCUCAGUUGCACCGUUGUGGGGACCCCUGUUCCUGCUGUCACCUGGGAAAAAGACAAACUGCGCAUUUCCACUGGAGGGCGCUUCAAAACUAUAGAGGAUGGGGAUGUCUAUCGGCUCACCAUCUAUGACCUGACGCUGGAGGACAGCGGGCAGUACAUGUGCCGCGCAAAGAAUAAUGUCGGAGAAGCUUACGCAGCAGUGACACUGAAGGUGGGUCUUCCAGCAACAUUGGUCGAUCGAGCACCCGUGUUCACGGCGAAGCCCGUCUCCACCAGAGUAGGUUUGGGCGGUGAUGUUACCUUCUUCUGUCGUGUGGCAGCUCACCCCGCUCCCAAAUUUGACUGGGAGAAGGACGGUCGUUAUCUAGGUGAGACCAAUCGCAUCAAGAUCACGUCGGACAGCGAGUCCAGCUCCGUGCGGAUUCAGAGCGUCAGGAAUAUGGACAGCGGCACUUAUACCUGCCGGGCUCAGAACUCCAUCGGUCGGGCGCAAGCUGGCGCCGCUCUGGUGGUAGACGCACAGGAUACUCGACUUCUCAACGCCGACAAAAGCACCUCCCUCCUGUCUCACCUGCAGAAGCGCAAAGAGGAGAUGUGUAAGGAUAUUUCCCUUUUCCGAACGACCGAGAGCCACUCCCUGACGUCCUCGUCUAAUAUCGUAGAAGGGCUUAGCAAGUCAGACCUUGCCUCCGAUCAGGAGCGGCGGGUCGUUGCUUUGGCUGGCAAACUGCCCAAAGGCGUCUUCACCCGAACCUGCAUGGUGACCGAGGGCAAGCACGCCAAGCUCAGCUGCUUUGUCACGGGCCACCCCAAACCCCAGAUCAUCUGGAGGAAGGAUGGUGUGAACAUCAGCGAGGGUCGUAGGCACACCAUGUAUGAGGACCAAGCAGAGAACUUCAUUCUCAAAGUACUGUACUGCAAGCAGAGUGAUAAUGGCCUCUAUACCUGCAACGCCUCCAACUUAGCUGGACAAACCUACAGCGCUGUUCUGGUGAUUGUGAAAGAGCCAACAGUGGCAUUUAAGAAGAAGCUGCAGGACGUGGAGGUGAAGGAGAAGGAGACGGCCAUGUUGUUGUGUGAGGUGCCCAUACCGAGCACUCAGGCGUCCUGGUUCAUGGAGGAGACUCGCCUGGAGCAGAAUGCGAAGUACCGCAUGGAGCAGGAGGGCACGCUGCGUCGCCUCACCAUCCACAACGUCACGACCAACGACGACGCCGUUUACAUCUGCGAAAUGAAGGAAGGGAGUCGCACUGUAGCUGAGCUCACUGUUCUGGGAAACAUCACCAAGAAGUUACCCAGGAGGACGGUCGUGCCGGUGAGCGAUACGGUGAUCUUCUGCGUGGAGCUCGAGCAGCCGGUUGAAGAUGCUUAUUGGACCCGGAAUGGAGAGAAGCUGAAGGAGGACUCCAGGGUCAUUAUCGCUCGCACGCUUCAACAGUACACGCUCACCAUCCGGGACUGCACUGCAGAAGACUCGGGCGAGGUGGCGUUCGUUGCCGGCGACUGCAAGACCUCCACGCGAUUCUCAGUAACUGCACCGAGGAAGUAUCCUCCGGAUCCCCCGGUCAAACCCAUUGUGUUGAACAAGACGGACAGCUCCAUCACUCUAAGCUGGUCUCGGGCAGACAGCGAGCGGCCCGUACCAGUCAACGGCUACGUGGUGGAGAGGAGGAAGGUUGGAGCUCAGACGUGGGUUCGAGUCACAGGCAUGGAGCUCGUGUCGACCAGCCAAUACACCAUCAGCAACUUCACCGAGGAGAGCAGCUACCAGUUCCGCAUUUCAGCCGUUAACAAUUUUGGUCAGAGCGCCUAUCUGGAGGUUCCUGGAACGUAUUAUCUUGAGCCGACCGCCUCGGUGACGUCAGGUCUGCAAAGCUGCACCGCCGUGUCUGGCGAGGAGGCCACCUUCAGCGUGGAGCUCUCCGCGGCGUGCUCUGGAAGUUGGACGCUGAACGGCCGACUGAUCCGCAGCGGCGCAGACUAUCUCAUAACUCGCUCAAAGACCGUUCACACGCUGGUGAUCAGGGAGGUGACCACGGCACUGGAUGGAGCUCAGGUCAAAUUCGUGGGUGGAGGUUCUGAAAGCGUCUGCUCUCUCAGUGUAAAAGCUGCUCCGGCACGUUUUACCAAGAAAUAUUCUGAAGUGGAGAUCUUCACGUUCAGCGCUCACUCCUCUGCCCAGCUGUACACGGAGGUCUCAGACGCCAGUGUCCAGGUCUCCUGGAUGAAGAACGGUAUGGAAUUGAGGAUGGGCAAAAAGUAUGAGGCGUCCAGUGUGGGAUGUAAACGCACGCUGACUAUUCAUAACGUGACUCAUGAGGAUGCAGGGAUGUAUGAGUGUGUGUGUGACGGUGAUAAGAUGUCCAUCCAGCUCGCUAUUAAAGAGGAAGCAGCGAAGUUUGUGAACAAGCCCAAGACUCAACCCCUGGAGGUUUCUCUGUCGAUGGGUGAUGUGGCAUUGAGCUGUGAGGUGGCGUCGCCUACAACUACUGUUGUGUGGAAGAAGGAGCAUAAAGAAAUAGCGGAGGACAACAGAGUGACCUUGGUGUCCCAGGGGACACAGAGAAAGCUGGUUAUCAAAGGAGCCAAGCAGAGCGAUGAAGGACACUAUUCAUGUGAGACGGUAGAGGACAAGGUCACAUUCAGGGUCAAAAUACAAGAAACUCGAGCCAUGUUUAUCAACAAGGACACGUAUCAGAAGGAGGUGAAAGUUUCUGCCUCUCAGAAAGCCACGCUGAGCUGUGAAGUGUCCGAUUCUAAGACCGAGGUGAAAUGGUAUAAAGACGGCAAACAGCUGAUGUCCAGUAAAACCGUCCACGUGGAGGCGAAGGGCAAAAUCCGUCAACUGGUGUUGGACAGUGUGGAGAAGAAGGAUGCAGGAGAGUACACCUGUGAAGUUGGAAAUGAGAAGCUGGCUUUUAAGAUUCAUGUCACAGCCACCCCAGUAGAAACUCAAGCUCUAGCGACCUUCGUGAACAAGGACACCUAUCAGAAGGAGGUGAAAGUUUCUGCCUCUCAGAAAGCCACGCUGAGCUGUGAAGUGUCCGACUCUAAAACCGAGGUGAAAUGGUAUAAAGACAGCAAACAGCUGAUGUCCAGUAAGACCGUCCACAUGGAGACGAAGGGUAAAAUCCGUCAACUGGUGUUGGACAGUGUGGAGAAGAAGGAUGCAGGAGAGUACACCUGUGAAGUUGGGAAUGAGAAGCUGGCUUUUAAGAUUCAUGUGACUGCUGCCCCAAAAGAAACUCAGGCUCAAGCGACCUUUGUGAACAAGGACACCUAUCAGAAGGAGGUGAAAGUUUCUGCCUCUCAGAAAGCCACGCUGAGCUGUGAAGUGUCCGACUCUAAAACCGAGGUGAAAUGGUAUAAAGACGGCAAACAGCUGAUGUCCAGUAAGACCGUCCACGUGGAGACGAAGGGCAAAAUCCGUCAACUGAUGUUGGACAGUGUGGAGAAGACGGAUGCAGGAGAGUACACCUGUGAAGUUGGGAAUGAGAAGCUGGCCUUUAAGAUUCAGGUGGCAGAAACUCAAGCAGUUUUCAUCAACAAGGACACCUAUCAGAAAGAGGUGAAAGUUUCUGCCUCUCAGAAAGCCACGCUGAGCUGUGAAGUGUCCGACUCCAAGACAGAGGUGAAAUGGUAUAAAGACGGCAAACAGCUGAUGUCCAGUAAGACCAUCCACGUGGAGACGAAGGGCAAAAUCCGUCAACUGGUGUUGGACAGUGUGGAGAAGAAGGAUGCAGGAGAGUACACCUGUGAAGUUGGGAAUGAGAAGCUGGCUUUUAAGAUUCAGGUGACAGAACCCCAAGCCACUUUCACCAACAAGGACACCUAUCAGAAGGAGGUGAAAGUUUCUGCCUCUCAGAAAGCCACACUGAGCUGUGAAGUGUGCGACUCCAAAACUGAAGUGAAAUGGUAUAAAGACGGCAAACAGCUGAUGUCCGGUAAGACCGUCCACGUGGAGACGAAGGGCAAAAUCCGUCAACUGGUGUUGGACAGUGUGGAGAAGAAGGAUGCAGGAGAGUACACCUGUGAAGUUGGAAAUGAGAAGCUGCUCUUUAAGAUUCAGGUGACAGAAACUCAUGCCACUUUCACCAACAAGGACACCUAUCAGAAGGAGGUGAAAGUUUCUGCCUCUCAGAAAGCCACGCUGAGCUGUGAAGUGUCCGAUUCUAAGACCGAGGUGAAAUGGUAUAAAGACGGCAAACAGCUGGUCUCCAGUAAGACCGUCCACGUGGAGACGAAGGGCAAAAUCCGUCAACUGGUGUUUGACAUUGUGGAGAAGAAGGAUGCAGGAGAGUACACCUGUGAAGUUGGGAAUGAGAAGCUGGCUUUUAAGAUUCAGGUGACAGAACCUCAAGCCACUUUCAUCAACAAGGACACCUAUCAGAAGGAGGUGAAAGUUUCUGCCUCUCAGAAAGCCACGCUGAGCUGUGAAGUGUCCGAUUCUAAGACCGAGGUGAAAUGGUAUAAAGACGGCAAACAGCUGGUCUCCAGUAAGACCGUCCACGUGGAGACGAAGGGCAAAAUCCGUCAACUGGUGUUGGACAUUGUGGAGAAGAAGGAUGCAGGAGAGUACAUCUGUGAAGUUGGGAAUGAGAAGCUGGCUUUUAAGAUUCAGGUGACAGAACCUCAAGCCACUUUCAUCAACAAGGACACCUAUCAGAAGGAGGUGAAAGUUUCUGCCUCUCAGAAAGCCACGCUGAGCUGUGAAGUGUGCGACUCCAAGACCGAGGUGAAAUGGUAUAAAGACGGCAAACAGCUGAUGUCCAGUAAAACCGUCCACGUGGAGACGAAGGGCAAAAUCCGUCAACUGGUGUUGGACAGUGUGGAGAAGAAGGAUGCAGGAGAGUACACCUGUGAAGUUGGAAAUGAGAAGCUGGCCUUUAAGAUUCAGGUGACAGAACCUCAAGCCACUUUCAUCAACAAGGACACCUAUCAGAAGGAGGUGAAAGUUUCUGCCUCUCAGAAAGCAACGCUGAGCUGUGAAGUGUCCGAUUCUAAGACCGAGGUGAAAUGGUAUAAAGACGGCAAACAGCUGGUCUCCAGUAAGACCGUCCACGUGGAGACGAAGGGCAAAAUCCGUCAACUGGUGUUGGACAGUGUGGAGAAGAAGGAUGCAGGAGAGUACACCUGUGAAGUUGGGAAUGAGAAGCUGCUCUUUAAGAUUCAGGUGGCAGUUGUCCCUUCAGAAUCUCAAGCCACUUUCAUCAACAAGGACACCUAUCAGAAGGAGGUGAAAGUUUCUGCCUCUCAGAAAGCAACGCUGAGCUGUGAAGUGUCCGAUUCUAAGACCGAGGUGAAAUGGUAUAAAGACGGCAAACAGCUGGUCUCCAGUAAGACCGUCCACGUGGAGACGAAGGGCAAAAUCCGUCAACUGGUGUUGGACAGUGUGGAGAAGAAGGAUGCAGGAGAGUACACCUGUGAAGUUGGAAGUGAGAAGCUGGCUUUUAAGAUUCAGGUGGCAGACAUCUCUGCUAAAUUCCAAAAGAAACCCAGUAUGAAGGAAACUAUAGCUGUGCAAGAAACCGAGAACAUUAUCCUAACGACUGUGGUAACAGCAGAACAUGCUAAUGUUAGUUGGUUCAGGGACGGUGUACAGCUGAAGGAGGGUAAUAAGUACGAAAUGAAGAGAGAAGGUUCGUCUCAUGUCCUCAUCGUUAAGUCCUCUGAAGCAAAGGAUACCGGCACUUACACGUGUCAGACAGCUGACGACAAGAUGGAAUUCCAAGUUCAGAUCAAAGAGUCUCCACUGAAAUUUGUGGUUGGCUUGGAGCCAGUAUCUGUUGUCCUUGGCAGCACCAUGACUUUGUCCUGCCAGCUAAACAGAGCUGCUGGAGAUGUCCUCUGGAGACACAACGGCAAAGAAAUGAAGCUUGGAGGCAGAUACGUCAUCCGUGCUGACGGUCCUCAACGUUUACUCACAGUGUCUUCUGUAGCCCAUGAAGAUGAAGGAGAGUACAGUUGCGAAUGCAAAGAUGACAAGACUACUGCUAAGGUCACCACUAAAGCUCCACGUCUGGUGAAGUUUGUGUCCAAGUUGAACAACGUGGUGGCAAACGAAGGCAAGGAUGCGAUCUUUAAAUGUUGCGUCACUCCUGCGGACGUAAGCGUGAGAUGGCUGUAUAAUAACGUGCCUGUCGUCUCUGGGCCCAAAUUCACGAUUGCUCACGGCGGCACCAGCCAUUCGCUCACAAUCACGGCGGUCACGUUAGAGGACGUGGGAGAAAUCAGUGUGGAUGCUGAAGGGAAAGUGUGUAAAGCGACUCUGCAAGUGCAAAAGCUCCCUGUUAUGUUCGUUAAGAAGCUUGAGAACAAAACGGUCCAAGAACAGGACACCGUGGAGCUUGAGGUGGAACUGAGUAGGCCGUCCACUGAGGUAAAGUGGAUGAAGAACGGCAUUGUGCUGCAGCCUGAAGGGAAUCUGACGAUUCAAGCUGAUGGAGUUAAACAGACUCUGAUCUUUAAGAGUGUAACCUGCGCUGACCGAGGCUUCUACUCUUGUGAGACGCUGGAUGACAAGACUCAGGCCAAACUGACUGUAGAAAUGAAGAAGAUCCAGGUUGUUAAGGGCUUGAAAGAGAUGAAAGUCCACGAACAGGAGACUGCGACAAUGGAGGUGGAACUCAGCCAGCCUGAUGUAGAAGCCUUCUGGACCAAAGAUGGGCAAAAACUGAGAGCGAGUCCCAAAAUCCUCAUUACAGCUCUGGGUAAUAAACAUUCCUUGACCAUGUCCCAGCUGAAGAUGGAAGACAGUGGGAUGAUCUCUUUCCAGGCAGAAGGUGUCCACACCUCGGCAAAACUAAUCAUCACUGAACCUCCUGCAAAGAUCCUCAGACCAUUAGAAGAUGUGACUACUCCGGAAAAGGAGAAAGCCACCUUUGAGUGUGACGUGUCCCGAGUGAAUGCUGACGUGACGUGGUUUAAGAAUGAUGAGGAACUGAAACCAGGAAAGAGAUACAUGAUGCAUUCCCAAGGUCGGAAGCGUAGCCUCCUCAUCCAGAAGUGUACUUAUGAAGACCAAGGCGUGUACGUGUGCAAAACGACGGAUGACAACACAUCAGCCAAGCUGACCGUUCAUGCCCGUGACAUUAAGAUUAUUAAGCAGCUGCAUGAUUUGGAAGUGACUGAGAAAGAGAGUGCGGCGUUUGUCUGUGAGGUGUCACAUGACGAAGUGGAAGGUCAGUGGUUUAAAGAUGACGUCAGACUCAAAGCCGGGGACAACAUCAAGAUGAGACAGGAAGGGAGAACAUAUAUUUUACUCUUCAAAUCUGUGAAGCCUGAAGAUGCUGCUGAAAUCAAGUUCAUGGCUGAGAAGGCUUCAUCAGUCGCUAAGCUCACAGUCAAAGAAUUGCCUGUGAGAUUCGUGAAGAAACUCCGAGACAAAAUUGCCAUGUACAAGCACCGAGGACAUUUGGAGUGUCAGGUGUCUCGAGCCAGUGCCACGGUCACAUGGUAUAAGAACAAGGACAAGAUCCGAGCCAGUCAGAAGCACGUGAUCUCCAGCGAGGACGUGUAUCGCAAGCUGACCAUCACUGACGUGGACUCUGGGGAUGAAGCCACCUACACGUGCGAUGCUGUCGAUGAAAAGACAUCAUGCAAGCUACUCGUGGAGGAGCAGGCCAUCAGCAUCGUCAAGGAGCUCAGCGCAGUGGAAGUGACGGAACCGUUCGCGGCUCACUUCGAGGUUGAGGUCAGCGUGGAAACGGUCAAGCCGGUCAAGUGGGCCCUGAACGGAGAGAGUCUGAGCGAGAGCAGUGAUAUUGAGCUCGAGAAGGAAGGCACAAUGCAUCGCCUUACGUUUAAGAAGACCAAGGCUUCCAUGUCAGGAACAGUGCAGUUCACAGCUGGGAAAAGCAAAUCCACGGCUCAGCUCACCGUGAAAGAGCGCCCCAUCGAGGUGGUCGAGCCCCUCAGAAACGUGACCGGCCAAGAAAAGGCUUCAGCCAAGCUGUCAUGCAGGCUAUCGGCUGUUCCUAAAGAAGUGUCUUGGUUUAAGGGUCAAACUGCUCUGGAGGAAUCCAGCAAGUACAUUAUGAAACAAAAUGGUGCUGAAGUGCAGCUGCUCAUCCAGGCGCUGAGUCCAGAUGAUGCUGGAGAGUAUCGCUGUCAGACUGGGACCUGUGAGACCAAAGCAACACUCACUGUUGAAGUGCGUGACGUUCGGAUCACCAAGCGCUUGACGGAUGUGGAGGUCGAUGAAGGCGGGGAUGCUGUGUUUUCCUGCGAGGUGAAUUAUGCUGACGAGGAAACCGAGUGGUUCCUCAACGACAAGCCGCUGUUCAGUAACGAGGUUAACGUCAUCCAGCAUGUGAAUAAGACGCAUACCAUCACUCUCAAGAACCUGGCACCUCAAGAUGGUGGGAUGAUCACCUUCAAGAUUAGGGAAGAGAAGCAGACAGUCUGCCUGAAUGUAAAAGAAAAGAAAGCCGUCUUCCUUAAGUUGUUAGACGACGUGAUCGGAGAAGAAAAGGGCACUGUAACGCUGAAAUGUGAAGCCUCAAAACACACAGUGUCCCCUGUUUGGCGGAAAGAUGGUGCCGUCCUUUCUGCGGACAGCAAGCAUGAGCUUUUGCAUGACGGCAGAAUCCUGGGUCUGACAAUCCGGGACAUCGCGCAGGCGGACGCCGGAGAGUACAGCUGUGAUCUUGGUACAGAUGUUACGAAAUCAAAGGUCACCAUUAGAGAAAUCAGCAUCGGCAUCACAAAACGCUUGAAGUCAGUGGAGGCUAAAGCGGGUGAGACCUGCAUGUUCGAGUGUAUCCUCUCUCGAGAAAGCUCGGACACAUGCUCAUGGAGCCUGAAAGGCCAACAUGUGACGAGCGGAGGGCGUUUCCAGAUUAGCAGCAAAGGGCGCAAGCACACACUUAGCAUCCGAGGAGUGACUGGGUCAGACUCGGGGGAGGUCGUUUUCACUCUCAAGGAUUUGAACUCGAGAGCAACGUUGUCUGUGGAAGGUGAAGUUCCUACCUUCUCUAAAGAGCUCCAGGGUGUUAGCGUUGCUCCUGGAGAAGAUGCUAUAUUCCUCUGUGAGCUCUCUCUGGCCGGCUUGGAUGUUGUUUGGUGGAAGAACGGAAAGACGAUCCAGAAAAGCCUAAAGUAUGAGAUUAUUCAGGAAAAUAAGGUGGUGAAGCUGAUUGUUCACAGUGUUACUGCCAAGGAUUCUGGAGAAUACGGCUGCGAGGUGACCGGUGGACCGACAUCGAAAGCUCAUCUGGAAAUCAAAGAGCCUGUAAACAAGUUCAUCCGUGAGCUCAAAGAUCUCACCGCGCAUGAAAAAGGUGCCGUCAGUUUCGAAUGUGAAACCGCACAACCGGCUUCCAAAGUCACCUGGCUGAAAGGCGUGAAGGAGAUCAAGGCAGGGAGAAAGUAUCAGAUGACGCAGAAGGAAAGAAUCCUCAUUCUCACGGUGAAAGAUUUGGAGGAGGCUGACGGUGAUACGUACUCGUGCAGUGUAGACACCGCCAAGAGCACCGCCAAGCUGACUGUUCAAGUUCUUCCAGCCAUUUUCACUCAGGAGUUGAAGGACCAGAAGGCUAUGGAGAAGGGAAGUGUCACCUGGUGCUGCGAGCUGUCUAAACCAGGUAUACCGGUUCAGUGGCGCAAAGGGGAAGUAGACCUUUGUUCUUGCACCAAGUAUGAAUGCCGGCAAGACGGCCACCUCAUCCAGUUGAUCAUCCACGACCUUGACCCUGAAGACUCUGGAGUCUACACCUGCGAUAGUGGAGAUCAGAAAACGACAGCACACCUAGAAGUAAAGGCACUACCCAUUCUGUUUAAAACCCCUCUGAAAAAGCUGGAAGCCGAAGCCGGGGAAACGGUCGUAUUCCGGUGUGAACUUACCAAACCGGGAGCACCUGUAGUGUGGAGCAAAGAUCAAAAGAUUCUACAGUCGAGCAACAAACACGAGUUAAGGCAGGAUGGAGCUGUAGUCGAGCUAGUCAUCUACAAGCUACAGGAAGCAGACUCGGGAGAGUAUUCCUGUGAUUCAGGGUAUGAAAUGACAUCUGCCCAACUCACGGUAAAGGAACCCGACAUUACUGUCGACACCGAGCUGAAGAGCUGCAUCGUUAACAAAGGAGACGAUGUGUCCUUUGAGUGUUUCGUAUCUCACGACGGCGCCCAGAACGUGAAGUGGGAACUUCAGGGCGUUCCUCUCCAGAGCAACGAGAUGAACGUAAUCCAAGCGGAAGGCAAGAGGCACUCGCUCACUCUAAGGAGCGUGACCGAGAAAGACUCGGGAACCGUGUCCUUCCAUGUGGGGAGCCACACUUCGUUCGCUUGUCUCACGGUUAAAGCUGUCCCUGUGCUGAAGUUUACAAAAGACUUGACGAACCAGGAAGCCACAGAAGGAGAUAAAGCUACGUUAUCCUGUGAAACGUCAACCCCCGACGCCCUUGUGACCUGGAAGAAGGACCGAAAAGUCAUUUCUGAUGGAGACAAGUAUUCCAUUCAGAAGAACGGUACAAUCCAGACUCUGGUGAUCUGCAAGCUAACGGUUGGCGAUGCUGGAGAAUACGUGUGUGAAGUCGGAGAGAAACAAAGCAAAGCCACUUUGAGUGUCAAAGAACGUGUACGAAUUACAAGGAAACUUAAGGACGUAACUGUGACGACCGGCGAGGAUGCUGCGUUCCAUUGCGAGGUGUCCGAGACAGGAGUAACUAAUGCCGAAUGGUGGCUAGGCUUCAAUCACCUGCAAAACAAUGACUUGAAUCAGAUCAGCAGCCGAGGGAGGGAACACAGCCUAGUGUUAAAAAUGGUCACGCCUGAUGAUUCGGGUGACGUGGCCUUUGUGGUUGGCUGUGAGAGGACUGUUGCUUCCUUGGUGGUGAAGGAGAAACCCAAAGAAACCCCGGCCUUCUUCCGCAAGGAGUUGGCGAACGUAGACGCUGUCGAAGGUGACACGGUUACUCUCCGCUGUGAACUUUCUAAGCCCGGCGUCAACGUAGAGUGGCGUAAAGGCGGAGUAGUCCUGCAACCCAAUAAGAAGUUUCAGCUGAAACAAGAGGCAUGCGUACAAGAGCUUCACAUACACGACCUGAAACCGGAGGACAGUGGCUAUUACACUUGUGACGCAGGAAAUCAGUUAACGACGGCUUCGGUUUCAGUGCAAGAGGCUGAGGUGCUCAUAGUGUCUGGUAUAAAAAGCACUGAUGUCUUUGCGGGAGAGCAGGCAGUGUUCUCCUGCCAGCUGUCUCGCCGUGCCAAAGGGAGAGUCCAGUGGUGGCUGGAUGGCACCCGUUUGGAGAACAGUCCCUUCAGUGUUAUUGGGGUGGGUGAAGACAAUAUUCACACCCUCACCCUAAAGAAUCUGGCACCAAAUGACUCUGGCACCGUCCUGUUCAAAACGGGAAGCUUGACGUCCUCAGCUAGGCUGUUAGUUAAAGAUCCUACUGUGGAGGUAGUCAGUGCCAUGGAGGAUAUCGACAUAGCAGAGAACCAGCCUGCAGAGUUCAUCUGCCAGUUCUCACGCCCAGUCAAGGCCAUAUGGAAGCGAAACGGGCAACCCGUGCAACCUGACGGCCAGAGGCUUAUAGUGGAGCAAGACUGGACUGUAGCGAGGUUGUACAUUAGCCGGGUAACUGCACAGGAUGUGGGUGUAUACUCCUGUGAGGCAGAAGGGACCUGUAUUGAGGCACACCUGAGGGUGCAAGCGAAACCCAUUGAGAUCAUUCAAGGUCUGGAUAACGUGGAGACCAUUGAAGGAGGUGAGGCACUUUUCGAGUGCUCCCUAUCUCUCCCCGAGUCUAAAGAUUGCCGGUGGUUGGUUGAUGGACAACCUGUGAAGGAGUCUGCAAAAGUGGAAAUCGUUUGCUUCGAGAAUGGUCGACGCCAUCUUUUGCUGCUGAAGGACUUGAGAGCUGGUGACAACUCGACAGUAACCUUUCAGGCUGGCACUGCCUCCAGCUCUGCCCUUCUCUCAGUCAAAGGGUUGGAGCUGGAAGUGGUGAAACCCUUGGAGGACAAGACCGUUGUUGUUGGUGAGCAAGCAGAGUUCACUUGCGUCCUGAGUGAGCCCGUACCAGAGAAAGACAUGAACUGGUAUGCUAAUGGUUCUGAACUACGGCCAGAUGACAUUUGGGCGAUGAAGAAUAACGGAUGUGCGUGCACCCUCAUUCUGAAAAAAGCCCAAGUCCGGUCACCACUGGAGAUCACGUUUGCUGCUCAGGAUGCCAUUUCAGUGGCCAAGCUAAUGACUAUUGCCGUACCUGACCCCCCUGAGGAUCCUGAGCUGGUCACUAAGGGACCAACUUCAGUGACUCUGUCCUGGUUCACACCUCUCAAUGAUGGUGGAAGCCCAAUCCUGGGAUACCGUGUGGAAAUGCGGAGAGUGGAUAGUGCUCUCUGGCAGCCCUGCCAUACAGAACCAGUGUGCAAUACUGAGUUUACGGUGGAAAAUCUUGUCUCUGGCUCUGGAUAUAGGUUCCGUGUGGCAGCUAUUAACCGUGCAGGGAUUGGAGACUCUGUCCAGCUUCCACAAACUGUUACAUUGGAUGCACCAGUGACCAUUGCCAAGAAGUUAAACGUGUCUGAGCUCAGAAAGGGUAAGAUUGCCCGUCUGGAGUGCGAGCUUUCAUCUGAGAGUAAGCAGGUCGUCUGGCAAAAAGACCAUCAGGAGAUUGAGAUCGGUGCCAAAUACCAGAUGGUAACAGAGGGCAAAUCCCAAAUUUUGCUCAUUAAGGAUUUCCAGCCUGCUGACCAAGGGGUCUAUACUUGUGCGGCCUCAGAAGAGGUGAAAACCUCGAUAAACCUCGACCUUGAAGAAGAUCGCACUGUGAUACCCCAGCCCGAGGAAGGUGGCCAGCCUGGCUUGCCCCCUGAGGCUGCCUCCGAGGGAGAUCUGCAUGUUUUAUGGGAUGCUCUGGCCAAGAAGAGGAGGAUGAGCAGGGAACCCACACUGGACUCCAUAUCUGAGCUGCCAGAAGAAGAUGGUAAAGACAAGACGCAAGAUCUGGAGGGUAAAGGCGUGGGGAAAGAGCAGAUCAAAGAGAAAGAGAAGCCCAUUGAAAUCAAACCAGAGCUGCAACUGUAUACCAGUUCUGAAGACGAGUCCGUUAGUGGAAGUCUGGUGUCUUACCUUAAAAAGAGCAGCAAAUCCUCUGUCACGGUGAUGAGCGAAAGUGAAACCGUUGCAUCCCAGAAGUUUUACGAACAUUUUCAAAUGACCGAGAAAACAGUGCAGCAGACCACAGCAGCACCGCCGCUUGAGAUCGCGAAGGAUGACGACAGGGAUGAGCUGCAGGAGGCAGCCAUCAAAAUCCAAGCUGCCUUCAAAGGCUUCAAAGCCAGAAAGGACAUGCGACCUGCCUUUAAAGAGGUCUUUAAGGACCAGAACAAAGAACCAAAUAUGACGAUUCAUCUCGAGUGUAUUGCAGACGGCAAGCCAGACAAAGUUCGCUGGCUGAAGGACGGCAAACCGUUGGUAGAUGGCAAACACCACCACAUCGACAUAUACAAUGAUGGAACUUGUUCUCUGAUUGUGCCAGCUGCUACAACUAACGACACUGGGGUGUACACUUGUGAGGUCACAAAUAAGUUUGGGGUUGCGUCCCACAGUGGAAAAGUCGUCGUUGGCUCUGUGCGAGAGUCAUCAGGACGUCGUCCGCUAACUCUCGGAUAUAGUGCAGACAGUGAGCCUGAGAGCUCCGGCAGCGAGAUGGACGAGUCUUUACGACAGGCGAGCAGGAGGCUCCAGAAGCUGCUUCGUACACGUCUUCCACCGAAUGUCGAGGAGGAACCGUUCGUAAGUGCCGACGAGGGUGACCUACCGCCUCCGGAUCCUCAUUCAUACCGCGAAGACGACAGCUACAUCUACAUCCGCUUUGACACACGCAGUGAAGCUCAGGUUGCAUCCCAGCGAUUCCAGGAGAUGUUUACACACCAAGGUGUGCCUGUAGACACCACUAUUAUCGAAAUCGGAACCAAGAUAGAACUUCGCAUCAAGAAGAUGGGAUCCAACCAAGAUGGUUCCCAAACCCUGACUAAAGAAAUGCCGGUUUUCAUGUCGGCACCACUCGCAGCCCCAGUCUUCCUGACACAGCUCCAAAACCAGGAAGUCCCAGACGGAUACCCGGUCAACUUUGACUGUGUGAUCAUCGGCAAACCCUCCCCCAGCAUACGGUGGUUCAAAGACGGGAAAGUGCUACACGAAGAUGACCAUUAUAUGAUCAACGAAGACCAGGAGGGCUGCCAUCAAUUGAUCAUUACAACUGUACGGCCAUCCGACAUGGGCGUAUACAGAUGUGUGGCUGAAAAUGACAGUGGCAUUGCAUCCAGCAAGGCGGAGCUUAGGGUGGAAAUGUCUUGCAGCUCUGACUACGACACCGCAGCCGACGCCACAGAAACGUCUUCGUAUAUUAGUGCUAAAGAUUACGUCUCCAGUUCUGAGCACAGAGACACUGAGGCGUUCGAAUCGGUGGUGGAGGACGAACAGCUUCCUCAAGUGGUGGAUGAGUUGCAUGACCUCUUUCUCAGUCCCGGAGCGCCCAAUGCCAAGAUGAGCGUCAGAAUCAAAGGAUUCCCCACACCAAAAGUUUACUGGUUCAAGGACGGCGUGGCACUGUCGGCCACGGACAGGGUUUUGCUGUCGGCCGAGAGAGACGUGUUCAGUCUGGAGAUCGUGGAGGUGAAGCGUGAAGAUAGCGGCGAGUAUUCCGUCUACGUCAGCAACGCAGCCGGAGCUGCCUACUCUUCCGCACGCAUGAUCGUGCUCAGUCCAGGCGAUCGCAUACCUGAGAAUCUGAAGAUUAGAGACUCCAAAGAACCUCUGGUACCGCCACGUUUUCUGGAGAAGUUCUGCAACCGGACGGUGAAGCAAGGAGCGAGCAUCACGCUGUCUGUCAAAGUAGAAGGCUCCCCGACUCCCUGUGUGAACUGGCUGAAGGAAGAAGCACUGAAGGAUUUGUUGUGGAUUAAAGCAGACACGCCCGGAUACAAGAUCGCCAGCUCUGGCUCCCAGCACAGCCUCAUCCUGAUGGAUGUCGGGAAGGAGCACAGCGGCAGCUACACCUGCAUCGCCAGCAACCGCGCCGGCCAGUCGGUCAACACCGCCCGCCUGGACGUGGACCAAGGUGUGACCGCUCUCCCAACUCUACAGCAGAGCGGCGUUACGCCAGAGAUUUGUGGGAUUACAGUCAGCCCUCCAGAGGAAGAAGGCAAAGGAGAGCCGAAACUGCCUUACCUGGCUGGCGUCGAUACCGCAGAUUUCUUACAGAAGCUUACGUCGCACAUCACCGAGAUGGUCUCUGCCAAGAUCACUCAAGACAGCUUACAGAACCGUCAAGUGCUCCAGUGGAUGAAAACAUGGCCCAAAGUGACCACCUCAUUACGUGUGCCUGGAGGCGACAGCGACGACGAGACCAAGACUCCAUCUCCCUACCACGGCCGCUCGCGUCCCGCUUCUCUGAUCACCGACUCGUCCUCCGAAUCCGACGAGGGUGAAGCCCGAGGAGAGAUGUUUGACAUCUACGUCGCGACGGCGGAUUAUAACCCCACGGGACUGAGUAAAGAGAGCAUCGCUCUAAAGGAGGGGCAGUACGUGGAGGUCCUGGACUCGGCUCAUCCGCUCAAAUGGCUCGUGCGCACUAAACCCACCAAAACCACACCCUCGCGUCAGGGCUGGGUCUCUCCAGCGUACCUCGACAAGAAGUUGAAGAUUUCUGCAGAUGCAUCGGAAGUUCCCGAGACCACGGGAGAGGAGGUCACUGAGGGAGAGUACAAAAGGAAGCUCUGCCAACUCAUCCAGGAGCUCAUUACCAGUGAGAAGGAGUUUAUAAAGGAGGUGGGCUUCGUUACGUCGCACCAUCUGAAGCACGUCGAUGAGGAGAGCACGCCGCCUGAAAUCCGCAGUCGCAAGGAGACCAUCUUCUGCAACAUUAGCGACAUCAGUGCGUUCCACAGCAGCUCUUUUCUCCCUGGGCUGCAAGACUGUGACACGGAUGACGAUAUAGCCAUGCACUUCAUAAAAAACACAGGAGGAUUUGAGAACUAUCUGCCGUACUUUGUCGGUCAGGCUAAGGCCAAGGCUACCAUCAGUGAGAAAGACGUUCAGCGGUAUUUCAAGAAAUACACGGAUUCAGAGCUGGCGAAUGUGGAUCCUGCAGAAGGUCCGGUACUGAGUGUGAAUAAUUAUCUUCAGAGACCUCUGGACAGAAUCCAGAAAUACAAGGACCUCUUAAAGGAGUUGAUUAAAAACAAGGCGAGGAAUGGACAGAACUGCUGUCUUCUAGAAGAGGCCUACGCCAUGGUUUCUUCUCUUCCCACACGCUCUGAAAACACGCAUCACGUCUCCCUGAUUGCGAACUACCCCGCUAACCUGGAAGCUUUAGGAGAGCCCAUCAGACAGGGUCCUUUCAUAGUGUGGGAGGGCGCUCCAGGAAUCAGAACGUCUUCGAGAGGACAUCACCGGCACGUCUUCCUCUUCAGAAACUACGUCGUCAUCUGCAAACAGAAACGAGACACGGACAUGGACGUCCAAACGUACACGUUCAAGAAUAUGAUGAAGCUCACCAACAUUGACGUGAACGAGACUGUGGAAGGAGACGAGAGGGCGUUCGAGAUCUGGCACGAGCGUGAGGACUCGGUGAGGAAGUACACGCUGCAAGCACGCACCGUCAUUCUGAAGAACUCCUGGCUCCGUGAUCUGCGCAACCUCCAACAACGCUACAGCAUGCCGGCGUGGAGUCCACCUGAUUUUGAGGCGGUGUUGACUGACUGCACAGCAGAACUGGGACAGACGGUUAAACUGGCUUGCAAGGUCACGGGAUCUCCGAAACCCAUAGUGGCCUGGUUUAAAGACGGCCGGGCCGUGGAGGUCGACCCUCACCACAUCAUCAUCGAGGACCCCGAUGGUUCCUGCACCCUCAUCCUGGAUAACAUGACUGCAGAUGACUCUGGCCAGUACAUGUGCUUCGCCACCAGCGCUGCUGGAAACGCCAGCACCCUGGGCAAGAUUACAGUCCAGGUACCGCCACGCUUUGUCCACAAGUUGAGGAACGCCGUGUUCGUCGCAGGAGAGGACGCUCAGUUCACUUGCACAAUCAUAAGUGCUCCAAGUCCAAAAAUAAGGUGGUUUAAAGAGGGCAGACUGCUAGCGGACCAGGAGAAGUAUCAGACGUACAGCGAACCACGUAGCGGCGUGGUGGUUUUCGUGAUUAAGAACCCCGGAGAGAAAGACCUGGGGCGUUAUGAAUGCGAGCUUUCUAACCGGCUAGGCAACGUGAGGUGUGCGGCAGAGCUGGUCCUUCCUACGUUAGCGAUGGCCGGAGGAGAGCAGGCCAUCAGGAUUGAAGUUACAGAGCAAGAGACUAAAGUACCAAAGAAAACCAUAAUCAUAGAGGAGACCAUCACGACUGUCGUGAAGAACACUCGAAUGAAGCGCCACGCGUCUCCCCGCCCGUCUCCCCGCCCGUCCUCCAUGGGAGUUUACCGCUCCGAAGCCUCCACUUCUGAACCGCCGCGACAGAAGAGGACAAUGUCUAAAAAAGCCGUCCCCACUCUGUACGUCACGGAACCCGAGGGCACUGCAGCCAGGAACCCGAAAUGGGUCGAAGUGGAAGAGAUUAUCGAGUAUAAAGUGAACAAGUCGCCAAAGCUGCCGAGGAGACGAGGUGCUUCCCCCGGCAGGAGACAGCCAACCGAUAACCCUAACGUGAACAACUCAAACAACAAGUUAGUGGAGGAAAUGCAAGUGUCCGGGGCUAGCAUGGACUCGCAAACUUUCUCUUGGGACGGCGAGUCCGAAACAGCGAGUAUGGAUUCUCCAGAAGUGGAAGUUGUGGAUUUCGAUCAGCCGUGUGUCUUGAUGGAAAUCUGUGACACGGACACUGAUGAUGAUGAUGAUGUUGAUCAGGCAGCCGCAUGCGAUGACUUCAGCGAUGACAUCUUAGACGACGGGAAUAAAGUGUUCACCCUGGAAGACCUGGAGGAUUACGUUCCCAAAGAGGGCGAGACAUUUGGUUGUGGAGAUUCUAACGUACCUGCGGAGAGGCCGGUUGAAAUUUCGGUUCUACAAACGGAAAUUAACGAACCCACCGUCGGUCGACCCGUCCUGCUAAAUCUGGGCCGUCCGCUUUUGCCAACCCCGAAAGUACGUCCUGGGUUCUUCAGUCGCUUUAAGGAGCACUUCUCGAACGUCUUUUCCGACCCCUCAUCAGCUGGGGAGAAGUUUAUACCGAUCCGUGUCAGCGGGGUGUCUUACAGCCAGUCUGCGUCCGCUCCCGGAUCGUCGACGAGUCACGGAAAGGUGGAAGUAACUCAAAGGUACUGCUCCGAGGUUCAGCGAGGGACGGCUGGCGGCCAGCAGAGCUUCAAAGCUCAAAUCUCUGCACCAGUUGGACAACCGGUUACAGUUCCGAUCCCCAAGAUGACCCAGUCUGGAAAGCCGUAACCAAGACGAAACCAUCGACACGCAGAAUAUUGAUACGAAAUCAAUGCACCCGUCUUGUCUUAAAAACCCCUGUCGUCUUUUCCUAACUACUUUCUUAUGUCUAGCUAUACAGUAGCUUUUGUCGCGAAUUUACUUUCCACUACAACGGAAAUAACAACGUUGGUCUCGAUACUCCAUGAGCGGUUCGAGUCGGACAGGAACGUACAGUAUAUGAGGAGGGUGACGACGGGUAACUCCAGACCGUUUUUUGCACAAAUGUUUUCUCAUUUUAACAAACCCUUCAGAAACCUGUACAACUUCCUGCUUCCUUCCUUUUCUAGCGCUAGCACCGUCAAGGUUUUGCUCGAUGGAAAAGCGUAGCUAAUUUCCCUCAAACAUUUCCCUGACAUGUUUUGUUUAAAUUUCCUAAACGCAUCACAAAACAGCAUGACUUUAGUAGCAAACGUUUUGCUAAUGUUACUAUGAAGCGUUUACAUUCGCGUAUGUAGAACAGGAAAGCCUGAUUGGAGAACACUUUUCUAGCUAACACUGAUGCACCGUUUUUUUUUUCGCCUUUUGCUUUAAGCACACAGUUUUUGAUUAUUUAUUUUGUCUGGGUUUUUUUGUUUUGUUUUGUUUUGGCAUAGUAUAUUUUUAUUAGAUAUAUUUUUCAUAAAUUUAGCCUCUGAUAAUGCUUAUUACGUGACAUCCAUGUGUCGGCAAAGGCUUUUAAGUUGAACGUUUUCACUGAAGAGUAACGUGCAACUGGGAUCAUUCCGUAUUUUCCAGACAGUCCCAAACAGCCCUCACAGCAGGGCCACCAGGGGCAGAAACUGAAUAAGACACACUGAGAAUGGGAUUGAGGCUUGGAAAGUUAAUCCUGUAUACACAACAAAGUUUAUCUAACGUGUCCUGGCAUAUUCUACCAAACAGCCAGAAUUACAAAGUAUUACCAUUGAUGCUUUCUCUUUAAAAUGGAACAUGACAAGACCAACAGUGCCAAGUUAAGUAAAUAAGGCCCAGUUUAACUAUUAGAAAGUUAUAGGGAACGAUUCAUGAUCUGAAUUACACAAAUAAUUUAUAAGAGGAGUCUGUAAUCUACUUCACAGUGCAUGAUUUGACCGAGUGUCCAAAUGCAUUACUAUAACACAUUCAUGAAUGUGUAAGUGUAUUCACGUGUGGUGUAAUCUUUUGUGCAGCACAGAGAGUUUUAUUCAGUUGACGUAUAGGUUUAGUAUAAAGAAAUAAUAAUAAGAAGAAGAAGAGGAAUAGUCGUCACAUUCUCUUGGCAUGAGUGGUGUUUAUAAAUUCUAGAAAUCCUAUAGCGUUAUCUUUCUUGCGUCUGUAGUAUGUUUACAGAACUGGUGUUGGAUGCACUAGAUGAUGUGUUUUCUGAAAUACAGCUACAGACGAAUUGUGUUUAACCGAAUACGUGUGUGUGUGUUAGUGAAAAUUAAAAACACCUAGCGUAAAUGACUGUAAAUGAGAACUUCUAAAUCACAAUAAAUAAAUAAAAAGUG